AGUCAGUCGCAGUGGUAACACGAGCGAGAGGGUAGUUGCACGCGCCUGCCUUCGAAAGGAAAGAUCGCGGUGAAGAGAGGUGAGCGAGCGAGCGAGUGUGGGAUAGACGGAGGGAGCGAGGAAGAGAGGAUCACAAGCGGGAAAGGAAGGGAAAGAAGGGAACGGAAACAGAAGGAACGAGCGAGCAAGCGAGCGAGCGAACGCGCGCCCCUUGCCUUCGUUUUCAGUGUUUCGGUUCAGUGUCUCGCGCGACGACUCAACCUUUCGUACGGUCAAGUCAGUCGGCCGGUUACGAGGCAGAACAACGCGAUACGAACGAACCGUCGUUACGUCGUUCGGGCUUGGAGCGAAGAGAGAGGGAGAAGCGAGAGAAACGAACGAACGAAAGCAGCAUCGGUCGAAACACACAACUGUGCACGCACCAGAGAGGAGCAGUUGUACGGACACUCUUGGAACGGACGCAUCCGAUAGAGAGACAGAGCAGUGGGGAUAUCGAGAAGGCCAUUUUCGUCGCCGGUUCGCGGGUUACGUACGAGACAUAGCACAUACGACCGGCGAGUGUCUCCGGCGCGAAUCAACCGUGGUGUACGCUUCGGCAGCGGAAGAGCGCUUUAUCAACGAUCGAGAUUGGCUCCCACGCGGUGCGGUAUCGUUAGCGAAACCUCCGUUUUUUUACGCGUAUACGUAAUCUUGGAACGUGAAUUACGUUGUCGCAUCGUCGCGACUGCAUUCGCAGCUGUAUUCAUCGUGUACCGGUGCGAGUUGUCCGAUUCCUCGUCGCCACCUCGUUUGUUCGAUAAUAAACUCCAGUGCGACGACAACCUUCGAAGCGCAGCGUCGUCCAACGUCCCGACCGGUGUUAAACGAAGAUACGACAAAUUAUACAUAGUAUAGAGUGGAAUGCCGACGAGUUUGUUCUGCGAGAUGGACCGCAGCUCAAACGGCAGCAGCACCGGCGCCUCCUUCGAGGAUCAGCGCGCCUUUCAGCUCGCCCUCGAGCUGUCGAUGCUCGGUCUUUCGGAGAAUUCAUCCGGAUGCCCUGGCGUCGGCACCGGCAACGGCACCACCAACGAUCCGGAUCCGCUGCAGACCACGCCGGCCGUCUUCGAGGAGGCGCGUUCCAAGAAGAGCCAGAACAUGACCGAGUGCGUGCCGGUGCCCAGCAGCGAACACGUGGCGGAGAUUGUCGGCCGACAGGGUUGCAAGAUCAAAGCGCUUCGAGCGAAGACGAACACCUACAUCAAGACGCCCGUGCGCGGUGAAGAACCUGUAUUCGUCGUCACAGGUCGCAAGGAGGACGUGGCCCGUGCGAAGCGCGAGAUUCUCUCCGCCGCGGAGCAUUUCUCGCAGAUACGCGCUUCGCGCAAGAGCUCGUUGGGCGCCCUGCUCGGCGCGCCCCCCGGGCCACCCGCGACCGUGCCCGGUCACGUGACGAUCCAGGUACGAGUGCCCUACAGAGUGGUAGGUCUGGUCGUCGGGCCGAAGGGUGCGACCAUCAAGCGAAUUCAGCAUCAGACGCAUACCUAUAUCGUGACGCCCAGUCGCGACAAGGAGCCGGUAUUCGAGGUAACAGGCCUGCCCGAUAGCGUAGAGGCGGCCAGACGCGAGAUCCAGGCGCACAUCACUUUGCGAACCGGCGCCGCGCCCGGCAUCGUCGGCGACGAGACCGAUCUGCUGGGCGCUCUCUGUCGCGGCGGUCUCGGCUCGGUCCUCGGCAUUCAAGGUAUCGAUCAACCGGGAUCCAACAGUUCCAGCAGCUCGAACGGCGCGUUUUCGAGCAGCGGCAGCUGCAGCAGCUCGUCCAGCAGCACCGGCGGAAUGGGACUGAACGACAUCGUCGCCAUUUGGGGCGCCGGGAUAGAGAGAGACGAGGGACUGGGCGAAUCACCGUCGUUCGAAUCGCAGCCGACCUCGACGUCGUCGAUCUGGUCGUUCCCGAGCGUCACUCUACCCUCGAGGCCGUCGCCGCCGGCGACGGCGAGCCCGGCGUCGCCCACGGAUUCGCUUCUGAGCAACUCCCGCGGGCAACGCGAGUGCGUCGUAUGCGGCGACAAGGAAGUCACCGCGGCGUUGGUGCCCUGCGGACACAAUCACUUUUGCAUGGACUGCGGCAAUCGGGUCUGCGACAGCCAGGAUCCAAGCUGCCCGGUCUGUUCCAGGCGCGUUCUGCAGGUGCUCCGUAUUUUCUCCUAAGAGGGACCCCGUCGAGCCGCCGCCCGUCAGUCUCCCGUAAUAUGACACCGCUGGUGCACGCAGCGGCUGCAUCAGCAACUUACCUUCUACCGCUCCUCGAACACCACGGUCGGCUAAUAACUGCUCCAGCACGCGCGACGAUAAGAGUGGAGAACAACGUUGGCGACAACAGCGAUGUCUGCGCGACGAUUCUCUCGGCGUCUUCGGGGUCGACCUCUCGUCCUUGCUGUCGUCAUCGUCGUCGCGCCGUCGUCCUUGUCAUCCUUCUACCAUGCUGGGGUGACGCCGUCGUCGUCAGGGGACCGAACGCGCACAAUGUCUCAAUUCCACGGCUGCCAAUAAUCUCUUACGCGACGGGAAUUCGCCUCGACGAAUCGCUCGUUUGGGUCGAUCGUCGUCGAGUUGGUCGAAUUUCCGCUGACCGGAUACAACGAAGCCAGCUUUUAAGUUCUACGAGAUAUAUAUUUAAAAAGAGAGAGAGACAGAGACAGGGAUGGAUACACUCACCCACCGUCAUCGUUCCCUUACCCGGCCCUCCUGUGUUCCACUCACCUGUUCCCCGUCUCUUGACGCUUGCAUAGAUUGGGCUCGCGGCUCGAGUACUCUAAUAAGCUCCGAGGUAUGAGAGAAGACGGUACGACGGUAAUCCAAUGAGUGCUACCGUCGUACCGUCCGGACUGACGUGUGUGAGAAAGAGCCUCUCUAUCGCCCGCAAAAGAUCGACGCUGCGAUAUUCUGCGACUGAUAUUAUUAGUAGCGAGACUGAUGGUUACCGAGACGCUACUUUCUGUUUUCUUUUCAUCGCGGAGGCUACGGUCCGAACAUGGAUCGAUCGAGUCGCGGACCGACCGGCCUCAUCGCCGACCUCUCGACUACGCUUCACACCGUCGGUGUUUCGCUGUUUUUAAAAACUCUCCGCUCGUUCUUGUAAUCUCUCUUUGGGUCGAACGUUUGCUGGAAACGGAGGCUGCUUGCUUAGCAUGAUGGAUCUUAGAGCUUUCUCGAUUUUCUUUUUUUCUUUUUAGUAACUAUGACUGAAUAACGAACCACGUUCAAAUCAUGUCCAAAGAUAUAACUUUCCAUUUUUUGAUCGCUUUUAAGCUUAUACAUACAUACAUA